AUGCUAUUCUUUUUCUAUCUAUCUAUCUAUCUAUCUAUCUAUCUAUCUAUCUAUCUAUCACGUGCUAUUCCUAUCUAUCUAUCUAUCUAUCUAUCUAUCUAUCUAUCUAUCUAUCUAUCUAUCACGUGCUAUUCCUAUCUAUCUAUCUAUCUAUCUAUCUAUCUAUCUAUCUAUCUAUCUAUCUAUCUCAUUUUGUUCGUUCCUAUCUAUCUAUAUAUCCAGCUAUCUAUAUCACUUCAUUUUCUUCCUUUCUUUCUAUCAUUACUCCCCAACAUCCUAUCCUUGCCUCACCUUCAUUCAUCAUUUUACACGCUUUCGCUAAUAUUCAGCACCCGGUUCAAUCUCCUAAACUACCCAGAACUUCUGUUCCCCUUCUCCCUGCCGUCUCACUCAGUCCUCGUCUUUCUUCUCGUCGUCUUCUCUCUGCGAUUUGGACCAACAUUUCACUUCUCUUUAUUCUUUUUUUUAUGUUUACAUAAUAUAAAGUAUUAUGCUUACACCCGCCCCCGCUUCUUACUACUCACUCUAUAUAUCCUUAAUUCUCUUUCUUUUGCAUCACGACCAAGAGUCGCGAAAAAAAUAUUUUCUUUCUUUCUUUCUUUCUUUCUUUCUUUCUUUCUUUCUUUCUUUCUUUCUUUCUUUCCUUCCUUCUUUCUUUCUUUCUUUCUUUCUUUAUUUCUUUCUUUAUUUCCUUCUUUAUUUCUUUAUUUCUUUCUUUCUUUAUUUAUUUAUUUAUUCAUUUAUUUAUUUAUUUUUUAUCUUUCUUUCUUCACCUACCCUAUCUUUACUUCUCUUUUUUGCCCUACUCUAGAAUUUGAUUCUCUCUCUUUUGUUUUUUCUUUCUAA